GCAGCAUGCAACGCUCGUCCGACGAACGUUCGUCCCCCACGAAGGCUGCUAGCCAGGUCGUCUCGUAGACGGUGUCCUGUAUUCAUCCAGGCGUCACACCCGGAUCAGUCGGCAUGUGCGGAAUCCUCGGUCUUGUGCUGCACGACGCGAGCAUCGAUGCAGCCUCAGAGAUAUGCGAAGGCCUCUCUUUGCUCCAACAUAGAGGCCAGGAUGCGUGCGGGAUUGUCACUUGCGGGCCGAAGGGGCGUUUCUAUCAGUGCAAGGCAAAUGGCAUGGUCAGGGAUGUCUUUGAUGCCAAUGCACUGUCGACUUUGGUCGGUGGGAUGGGUAUUGGCCAUGUGCGCUACCCAACCGCAGGCAGCUCCCAUCACGCCGAGGCGCAACCCUUCUACGUCAACUCUCCGUAUGGCAUUGUCUUUGCGCAUAAUGGCAACCUGAUAAACACGGCCUCUCUUCUCCAAUUCAUGGAUGCUACCGCGCACCGGCACAUCAACACCUCCUCCGACUCUGAGUUGCUUCUUAACAUUUUCGCAGACAACCUGCAGAAGACGGGAAAAUUCCGUAUUAAUGAGGAAGAUAUCUUCACUGCAAUCGGCGGACUCAUGGAACAGUGCAAGGGCGCGUACGCAUGUGUCGCGAUGCUUGCUGGUUUCGGCAUCAUUGCGUUCAGGGACCCGAACGGCAUCCGACCAGUGGGCAUGGCUUCGCGGAAAGCUCAGGGCAAUUCGCAGGGCAGGGACUACUUGUUUGCGAGCGAGAGUGUCGUCGCGGACGCGAGUGGAUUCGAAAACUGGGAGGACGUGAAGCCAGGCGAGGCUGUCAUCAUCACUCGCAACAGCGUCAGUCGCCGCAUCGUGGCCAAACCGGCGUCGUUCGCUCCAGAUAUCUUCGAGUAUGUCUACUUUGCUCGCCCUGACUCCGUAUUAGACGGUGUAAGCGUAUACCGAAGCCGUAUGGCCAUGGGCGAUGCACUGGCGGAGGAGGUAAAGCGCGUGCUGGCGAAAAAGCAGCUGAUGGUUGAUGUUGUCAUUCCGGUUCCAGACACAUCGCGAGUCGCGGCCUUAAAUCUGGCGCAGAGGCUGAACUUGCCUUACCGGGAAGGCUUUAUCAAGAACCGCUACGUCGGGCGUACCUUCAUCAUGCCUGGGCAGCAGAUGAGGCGCAAGAACGUGAGGCGAAAACUGAACGCGAUGGCGCUGGAGUUUGCCAACAAGAACGUCCUCAUUGUAGAUGGCAUGUAUUCUAUUGUACGCGGGACUACCUCUAAGGAGAUCAUCCAGAUGGCAAAAGACGUCGGCGCGAAGAAAGUCAUUGUCGCGAGCUGCGCUCCGCCGAUCCGGUACUCAAACGUGUACGGCAUCGACAUGCCCUCACGCUCGGAGCUCGUCGCGCACAACCGUGACUCGGAUGCCAUUGCCCAGGCAAUCGGCGCAGACCUCGUUAUUUAUCAGACGCUUCCCGACCUAAUCUCGUCUGUGCGCCAGUUCAACCCAUCCAUCCCGAAGUUCGACUGCUCUGUGUUCACCGGCGAAUACGUCACAGGGGGCGUGGACGAGGAGUACCUCACGGGGUUAGAGCAGCUACGCACGGACAACGCGAAAACCAAGGGUCUCCGGGUGAAUGGCACUAAUGGGAGUCCCGAGAUUGCACGGGAGUCGAGAGAGCUCUCGUUAGGAUGUAGCGGGCCGAUGAACGGUGCGGAUGGUACCAUAGGGUUGCAUAAUAGUUGGAAACUGGGCUAGAUGCUUGUGCGAGUAAUGUAAAGAUCAUUGUAUUUUCUGAUAAUCUGGCGACAUAUGUUAUAGACGAAAAGGCGUAGGUGCUGUAGUAAUAUUAGUAAGUCGUGUUCUUCCCUUCAACGUAAUGUUCGUACUUUGGCAGGCUUCAGGGUAUGCGGACAGGAGGUCAUUACGGACGAUAAUCAACAAAGUGUCUGC